AUGUUGAAAAACGUUAUUAAAACAGGAAAACCUUACAGAGCUAUUAAUACGGCCAAAGAAAUGGAUGUAAUAAAAAAUAUACUCGAAUUGGGCUAUGAUUUUAACACCGAAGGCGAAUUAAGGAAAAUCGGCGUUGAUGGAAAUUUAACAAAUGAACCAUUUCAGUACCAAAUCAGUAGUGAUCAAAAAAGAAUGCCAGGCUCACUACGAGAAACUUGGAGCUGCUGUGACAGAAUACGUAUAUCAAUUAUUACAAAACAAAGUCAAUCUAUUAAGAAAACUCUUAUGGUAUUAAUUCAAGGUAGUGGUGCCGUUCGAGCUGGCCAGUGGGCAAGAUCACUCAUCAUCAAUAAUAAUUUAGAUAUGGGAACACAGAUCCCAUACAUCCAAAUGGGCAUCAAACGUAAUUUUGGCAUACUUAUAAUGAAUCCCAAUGAGAAUUAUAAAAGAAAUAAAGAUAUUCCACAAAGUAACACAAGUGAAGAACAUGCCCAGUAUGUCUGGAAAACAUAUAUUUCAGGCACAAAAGCUAAAAAUAUUGUUGUUGUAGCUCAUAGUUAUGGUGGACUUCUUACAGUAAUGCUAGCUCAAAAGUUUAAGAAUGACUUUGAGAAUCGAGUCAAGGCAGUAGCAAUGACAGAUUCAGUUCAUUCAUUUUCAGAAGCAAUAAUUCCAGACUCAUUAAGAAAAGUUUCAAUUAAUUGGAUAUCAAACACAUCACCUUUGGAUACACCAAUGAAGACCCCGGAAUUUGAAAUCACUAGAUUAUCAGCAGGUCAUCCACAACACGAAAUGUCAUCUUAUGCAUCUAUGGAUUCAGUCUUUAAAUUUAUUGAUUCUAAGUUGGCAAGUUAA